GCCCGACAUAUGCCUCUCCCCCCCCCCCCCUUUGCCUGCUCUUUGCCCGCCCGCGCCCCCUGCCUCGACGUUGCCCAGUAGCCCCGCCAUGUCCUCGCCGGCCAACAACCUUCCGGAUUCCGGAGCCAACUGCCUCGGGUCCUUCCUGUCGCAGGCGUGCGAGAACUCCACCCAUGCCGGGGCCUUCACCCUGGCCGGAGUGGCCCUCGGUGGGCUGCUGGUGGCUCUGCUCCUGCGGUCCUCCUCCUCCUCCUCCUCCGUCAACUCGGCCAGCAAGGCCUCGCCGCAGCCGGUGCCCGGGGAGACCGGCCGCCUGCCGUGCGCCGCUUGCGGCUCGACCGCCUGUUGCGGCAAUGGCGGCACCCCGCCGGCCGCCACCGACGCCGCCGCCGCCGCCGCCGCCGCCGCCGCCGCCACCAUCGCCGCCUCCGCCACCAGUGGUACGCCCCGCUGUCCUUCCCUGCUCUCUGAUUGCUCGGCGGGGGCGGCGCCGGCCGGCCGCGCGCGGCUGGCCCGGCCGAAGCGGCCCGAGCGGAAGCCCCGCUCGGUUGCCAGUCCCAGCCGGCCGCUUCCCGCCCGGCGCCCCCUCCAGUCGAUCACCACCAAGAUGAUCAUCAUGGAGGGCUUCAAUGAUGGGCUCUCCUCGCCGACCGACUCCGGCGGCAUUCGCGCCUACUCCGAGUCCUUUGUGACCGAAGAGCCGGUGGCCGACACCGAGGGGUCGGUCGCCCUGUCGCCGCCGCCGCCGCCGCCCGGAGGACCGGCCGUCGAGAGCGACGGCUAUGACACCGACGAGGAGGACUUCGACACCGACGAGAACUACGAGGCCGAGAGCAGCGACUCGGAUGAGUCGGACAACUCGGACGACGAGGAGAACUACGUCCCGCACAAGAUGGUCCUGGUCAUUCGCAUGGACCUCGGCAUGCAGAAGGGCAAGAUCGCGGCCCAGUGCUCGCACGCCACUCUGAGCGCGUACUCUCGCGCGCGUGACAACCCGGCCUGGCGGCCGCUCCUGCGCCGGUGGAUGCGCUACUCCGGCCAGGCCAAGGUCACGCUCAAGGGCGACUCGGAGGAGCACCUCCUCGCCCUCCGGGACCAUGCCCGGUCGCUGGACCUCCCCACGGCGUUCAUCCGCGAUGCCGGUCGCACGCAGAUCGCCGCCGGGUCGAUGACCGUGCUGGCCAUCGGGCCGGCUCCCAGCUCCGCCAUCGACCUGGUGACCUCCAGCCUGAAGCUCUAUUGA